AUGGAGUCUGAAGAACAACAUCUCGAUAGCGCACAGUUCCUCCCGUCUACUUCCAGCCAACAUAUCCCUGGUGUACCGAGAAUGAAUAACGCCGUGUCUUCUGGCAACAGCACCAAAUGGCUAGAACACGGAAUGCUUCAGGGAGAAGAACAUACGGGCACACAAUCAAAUGCAAGCCGCUUUGAUUACCAACAUUGUCCUACCUUCGACGAACCCGAAUGCCUCGUGACAGCAGAUGAUGUGAGUUCGUCCAUGUUCACGGACGAUGUACUGACAGCAAUAGAAGCACCCCAACAAGAAGAGGAGAUCGUCUUGGUAUGUGAAGCGGAGGAGCUCGCUCUUGGUUACGAAUUGGAAGAAGGCAGGGUUCGAAAGAUCUGCGAAUGGUUCGAAAAUAUGCAUCGUCUUGGGCGCACCCAAAGUCAGAUGGAAUAG